ACAUAACAUAACCUUCAAAAUAGCUCCGACCUCGACCUGGACCUGAUCGUUUCUCUGAUCGUUGAUCAUAUUGAUCCUUAAUCCUUCGUUCUUUUCCAGAAGAAUUCCGACAACAGUUAACCACCUUUGAAAUCCAAUUUUCAGUCUGGGUUUAUUGUUAAAUAAUAUUUUCAUCUAGAUCAAUUUACCUUUCCAACUAGAUCAUGGCCGACGACGAAUUCGAACCUGAUGAUGUUGGUGAGGAUUUUGAUGAAGUUGAAGAUGAUGCGGACAUCGAUGAAAUAGAUCAGCAAGAUGAAGAGGGAGAGAAUAUUGAACUUCUCAAUGCUCAGGAUGCUAGAGGCGGUGUACAGAAGUCAAACAGGAUUACAACAAAGUAUAUGACAAAGUAUGAGAGAGCACGUGUGCUGGGUACCAGAGCUCUACAGAUCGCGAUGUGUGCUCCAGUCAUGGUGGAGCUGGAGGGGGAAACAGAUCCGCUGCAGAUAGCGAUGAAAGAACUGAAGCAGCGCAAGAUCCCCAUCAUCAUCAGAAGAUAUCUACCCGACAACAGCUUCGAGGACUGGGGCAUUGACGAGCUUAUCAUCAUCGAUCAUUAGUUUUUAUUUUGUGUGAUUAUAUUUUAAGAAAUAAAAGUCGUUUUAUA